AUGCUGAUUGUACGGGUAAUGAGGAUUGUGCACCGGUAAAUUCCAUGUAUAUUUCAAAGAAUUGUUUAUGUAAACCAAGUUACGUGUCUGUGUCUUGAUUCAUGCAUGCCAGUAUCAUUUGGCAAGCCGUGUUCACUGGACAUUUAAUGCUCUGUCAUUACACCGGGCGCAAUUUGUGCGAUCAAUAAACAGAGCAAUGAUACCGCAAACAUAAUGGAAUUAACGAGGAUAUCAGAAAAUAAAGUUUGUAACUGUAGCAAAGAAGACUAUUACAGAUUCGGAAGCUGUUUUAAGAAGAAAUUCCUCGGCGAAACUUGCACGAAUUUGGGAGAAUGUUAUGAAAGCUGGAAUCGAAACAGAGUAGUUUGCAGAAACGGAAAAUGCGCAUGCAUUUGGGACUACAUGAUAUCGAAUGGUGUUUGUGUAGAACAUCCGCAAAGUUCACAACUUUUUUUGAAUGGUGGUGCAACUAAUAUCGUAUCCAGGGGACAUUUUUUUAAUCACAUCUUUUAUACUCUCUAG